AUGAAUAUAACACAAGAGUUCUCACGGCCUGACUUAGUGCGUCGUUUCACUGCUGAACUCGAGGCUGAUUCAGAUCUAGCUUCUCAGGUCAAGUCGUACCAAGAGGACUUGGACACAGAGGUUAAUGCGCAAGAAAAACUGCGUAUGGAUCGUAUUUAUUAUGGUCAAGCGCCAAUAGAGAGUUCUUUUAAAGGGCUCGAACUAGCCCGUCAAACGCUUCAAUCCAAAUGUGAUGAAUUCUUCAAGUCUUUGGAUGAGAAGUUAGAAGCAGAAAAGAGUAAAUCAGGAAUAUCGCGACUCUUGCAUCGAAACGCGACCGAACAGAAACUGGCUAGUCACAUCCGCCAGCGGGGAGAACUCACAGUUAAUCAAGUCACUUCUAUCAUCAACGAGGUGGAGGCUCAAUGGACGGAAUCACACAGCAAGGCAGCGACCAACUUCGUGAAGAUAUGCCAAAGGUUUGACGCACAUAAGCAAAUCUUCCAGUGUUUCCCAAGUCAAACCUCCUACACGUCUGCUCUGUGCGGUGCUAUCACGAUGGUCAUCCAGGCUUCGGUUAAUUACUCGACUAUUGCGGAAAAGCUGUCGGGAUAUGUAGUGGAGCUGUCGGAGAGCAUCGCUGUUUGUACACAGUGGCUCGACCUCUAUGACAACCCGGCCAUGCAAGAACGACUGUCCGAUAUCUAUACGCAAUACUUCCAUUUCUUUAUUAAGGUAGCCACCUGGUAUAUGAAACCAAAGCCUUCAAAAUGGCUCGAUUCGUUCAACUCAAACUUUACAACGGGCUACGAGGACACAACAGAAAUGAUCAAGCGGUCCAUUCGACUGAUCCGUGAUCAGGCCAUGGUUGAGAAUGCAUGGCAGCUAAAUAGGCUUGAUCAUUCAUUUAGCUCUUUUGAAAAGAGGCUCGCUGCAUGGGUGAAUGAAAUUCGAAACGAGAAAAAUGAUGCUGGGGGAACAAUGACAACCCUGAUGCUGCAGAUGACUGAACGCAUGGGUCUAUGGGAAGAACGCUUUGAGCGUAUGCAGCUGCAAGGUCAAAACGAUACCGGAAGAAUAAUGGCAAGAGGGGCAACACCGAUAAACGAAAGUGAAAUCGCAGAAAUUGCCGAUGUUCCUCGAGGCCUCAGUAGGUCCAAGGCUAAAUUGGUCUGCCAACAUCUUCAGCCACAUAUUGAUCAAAUGGGAGGCAGUGAUGGAAUCAGACUCGCCCUCCAAACCGGACGACUUGUCGCCGAGCCUUCCAUUAUCCAACCCCUCGGAAACUGGGCACAAGCUACAUCAGGCAAUGCUCUCAAACUCUGGAUCAUCAGCCCCUUUGAAACAGGCCCACAAACCAGCGCCCAACUCGCCGCUCUCGGGGUUAUUUGGACGGCCAUCCGAGCUCGAGCUCAAUUUGUAUCCUACAUCUGCCAAAGACCCCGAUACGGGACUAUCCCUGAGUUCCAUAAUGUUGAAGACAAAGCUGGUGUCAUGGGGAUCGUUUACAGCUUGAUCUGCCAGCUGCUGCAAUUCCAACCGCUCGAUGACAAAGUUUACCUACAGCCGGAGAUGCUCGAUCAACUUACGCAGCCAGGGGAGCGCUGGACAACGGGUUUAACGCUGCUUAGAUACCUGCUGGAAAAUACACCUACCCUGCGAUACUGCAUUGUCUCUGAGAUCAACCUUCUCGAAGGAGGCGCACGGGACAUGUGCCAGGAAUUUGUGGACUUGCUCUUUGCACAUGCCAGGAAUGCCGAUUGGCCAUUCCGGAUUCUGUUCACUACUUCUGGGCAGUCGAGGGCGCUUGAUGGCACCGUGGAAAAGGAAAGCAAGGUCAUGUCUCACAGCACCUUUCGUCAGAUGAAGGGGAGACUGGUAUAUCGAGAUGUUCAAAUGUCCGAAUAG